CACCAAACCUGUUGGUGAAAAGGAAGUAUUUCAAAGAUAUACUGGUUUCAUAAUUAUUCGUGUUAAAUCAUUUAGACAUACAAUCAUAGUAAUACUUGUCAGAGAAGCAUAUGCCUAAUAUGAAUGAGUUAACUUAGUAGCCCACUGAAAUUGUAGCCCCAAAUUAAUUAAAUAUGAAACCCAAUUGCUGACACAAUACUCAUCAAAACCCACAUUAAAAAAUACUAAUACAAAACACAAAAACCAAAAAAAAGCACAAUGCCCACUUACAAUACGCGCCUGGAAAAGCAGGUUAAGUUUAGGGUUCUUCAGGACAGAUCACCCACAUCUCUAAAAUCACCGAGGCACAAAGAGGAUGAUAUCAAACGGAAAAAGGGCACUUUCAAGUCUGAUGGCCUAACAUCUUGUCUGAUCACCAGCUCGUCCGAUCUGCGUAUCGGAGGAGGUGCCAAUGACCCAGCGCAGCGCAAUGCUGGAAAACUGCCUCGCACCGACAGCGAGUGUCAGUUCAAAGCCCCGGGAUACCGAUUUCUUACCGAACAAGAUACAACUGUGAACAACCAUGAGGUGAAGAUGAGCCCCAGGGUAGUCAUGAAAAAGGAUUUAAGGCACAAAUGUGAUUUCUUUGCCAAGGCCGAGGACAGGCGACCGUUUAAGCAUAAGAUUACACAGACACUUUACAGGGAAUCCUCUGCGCAGACAAUGAGUUAUUUGCCGGAGAUUUUAGAAGAAGACGGUGUGAAAACCUUGGAGCUGUUUUCCCUGCCGUCUAUAUUCCCAGUAGCAAACCGACCAGGACUCCAUGAUGUCGAGGUUCUGGAACGCGCCAGAAAGCGAUGGGCCUUCAGUGAUGCCCUAAGGAUCCACUUCAAAAGACUGCUUCAAGAUGCCAGGAAAGUGGCCAUAAAAACCGAGUUCAAGGAGAUAUUGGAAGCCUUUGAGUGGGAGCAGUGGAUACAGCGCGAGGAGGACAUUCAAGAGUGCCAGAUGAUGCGUCUCCAGAUCGUGAUCAAAAUGUUUGACAAGCGGGAAAAGGAGAUGCACGCCGCCUCAAAGUCACGAAUUGCGAAAGCCUGCGAGCGAAUCGAGCAGCGACGCCAGGCGGGUUUGCGAAAGAACGAGAUCGAGUUCCAGCGGGGAAUGCGCCGACUGGAAUUCCAAGUUAAGAAGAAUCCGCGAAGGUGGGAGAAGCAGAGUCCCAUGUACUCGUUGGGAUCUCCGUGCUCCGAGUUCUACGCACCGCUUUCCAGAUACGGCGUUGAUCCGGCGCGCCGCAACUUUGUGUCGAAAACAUCACAAAAUGCCUUCGACAUGAGAAUCGACAAUUUGGAGAAGCGGGUCCACAUUACCGACCUCAAAUGUCCGUUUAGAAAGCUCAGGGAUUGGUCAAAGCCCAAGAAGUAUGACCAGGAGUACGAGCGCAACUUCUGCAAGGAGGACAAUCUGCAAAAGCUCUUCGAAUCCCUGAAAGGCCUUAGAACACAGGCCAAUGCGGAGAGAGAAGAACCAAAAUGUCUCAUAAAGCGAAGAAAGCCCGAGUUAGGCAGAGCAGCAUCCCAAAUAACCCUGGCCUAUCUAACUGACCUCUACGAUAAAGGGCGCGAUUCCGAAAAUGUCGGUGCAGUUUCACCCCAUUCCAAGCCGGAGGGGAGCCACAUGUCAGAGAGCAAGCACUUGAGGAACGACAGGAAGCGCGAGGAAAUGGAGCACAUGCUGAACAUAUAUGAGGGCACCUACGUGGGUUGGGUGAUGCAGUUCCUCUCGGAGGAGAUGACCCGCCUCUCGGAGCUGCGGAGGCUGCACUUUUUCUCGAUUAUGGCCCAAAAGGAGCGCUGGAGACGCGAGGCCGCUGAGGCCGGACUGCGGCAGAAGGAGAACGAAAUGAGACUGUUGUACGAGGAGCUGUUCCAGCAUAGCAAUGCGGUCCACAAUGAGAUCUCCAAUAAGUAUUUCGCCAACAUUCUGAGUGCUGAUAUGCACAAUAUGGCCGAGGACCUGGCUGGCGAGACGGUGAGUGAGCUGGCCAAGCAGAUCGAUAAGGAUAUAUUGCGAUGGCUGGAGAGCUUCAAGUUGAUACAGAACCCCCUCACCUAUGUCCCGCUACGAGUAAUGUUGAACGACAUGGUUUCGCCCAAUAUGAACAGGAUUCUGCAGCUCUACGAGAAUUCCCUGAUCGCGCAGUACGUAGUGGAGGAUGUGCUUUUCCCAAAGGUGUGGAAGGAACUAGAUCCCUUUGACAUAGCAGGUACUUUAACGAGUGACCUCAUAGAUCGCCUAAUCGACAACGAUUUGUAUCUCAUGUCCACGGACAGCGAAAGUGAAACCCCGCAAAAGGAUUCCUGGUGCGAAGCUUAUGCCAUUAUUAGAAAGGCCAUCCGACGGGCAGUUCCUGGCGAUCGUUGGCUUCAAGUAAAUGAGCGUAUUGUAAUCGAAAACUAUAACGAUCUAUUUGACGACGUGUUCGCAAGCAUAUUUGACAAGAUGGAGAAUCCUCCGUCCGUCAAGCCCUCCGAUUUAAUCGAACUCUGCCAGACUGUCUCUCAUAAUUUCAUCCAUUGCAUGGACAACAUCCGCGAGAAGGAGAUCUUCGAUACCAACAAUGACAUCUCACUGCCGGGAUCGGAAUUUGAAAGGAAACAGAUGUUGAACUUAUUAAAAAAACACAAAGCUGACCAUAUCACAAGAAAUUUAGAAAACUUUGAUAAGCCCCUACCGGGUGACCCGACAUCUGGCAGCGAUAUAUUUAUAAGAUCCCAAGUAAUCAAUCCCAUGCCGAUCCUGACAACCACUCCAAGUGACUUGUUCAGCCUCAGAAGCACUCUCGAUGUUUCGCAUGCCUCAAAUUUCAGCUCAUUUGUAGGCAGGGGCUACAGAGUAGUGCUGCCCAGUGAGGAAGAAAGAAAUCCCACUAUUGAUGUGGCAAAACUUCCAAUUGCAGAGGAUAAUGCAGACAAAUUUGAAUUGGAACUGGGGCUUUCCGGAAAUACAGGGACUAGUAUGGUGUCGCCAAAAGCAUCAUAUCAUCAAGUACAGUCGGCAACGGAAUUAGGAUCGCGGAUUUCAGCAGCAUCUACAUCCCACGACGAGCGACCGGAAGAAGACAACUUAAAACCACUGGAUUCGUCAACCAUCCCAUCUCCUGGGGAUGCCGAUACUAAAGACUCCACUCCAGUUGAACUAAAACCCGUUAACGAAUCGGCUUCUCAGAAUUUGAUACCCAUUUCCGUGGGCUCUAGUGCCAUAACAUCCCGCGAGACAAUCACAAACGAUUUAGACCGAGAUACGGACACGGACAAGGAAACGCGCUCGGCAGUCGAUUUUAAUCUUGAGCCCCAACCCGGACCGGAUUCCGAUGCCGGACCGGAUUCCGAUGCCGGUCCGGAUUCCGAUGCCGGAACGGAACUCGAACUUCCGCAGUCUUCGGAGGAACAGGAUUCCUUCAUCCCACCCGUACGUUCCUCGGCGGUCAAAAAUUUAUUUCUCAUUAAAUCGGACAGAGCAUCGCGUUCUUCUAAGGUGACUAAAAGCAGAAAAAUAAACGACCAAUAUGAAGUUGAGGAAAGGUAUAUAGGCUCCUUAGGCUCCCAUAAACCCCUUGACGCAGCUCCCCCCAUUCAAACAAACGAAGACCCUGCCCCUAUAGAUGACAAAACCGUGAAGAACACAAUUAACCAGAAUCUGGUACCAGAAUCUGAAUAAAAACUAAACUUGUGUUUUGAACAGAGAAUCCUAAAGUGAACCGU